AUGGCCAAGAACCCACAACAACCUGCUGUUGCUAACUCGGCCGGUAGUUUACGUUUUCGACAGAGGAAGAUCAGUACAAAGAGUACCCUACGCAUAUACACAAAGGACCAGUUGCCGUCUUUGGAUAAGAAUGAGUUGGAACCGAGCCAGGUACACAAUCUAAAGUCAAGUGAUGCAACUCAAUCGCGUGGGGUCGAUACGGGUGUUGAUAAAUCGGAGGAGGACGAAAUCCACCUUCAACAGGUUAUAAAUGCCGCGCAACAAGCACUUUUGUCUAAUACCGAAACUUCCACUGUUUACAUCCCCACGCCCAAUGCUUCUAGAAUAUGGCCAGACGCGAGCACCUAUUAUAAGCAAAAGUUUCAGGAACCACACCUGUUGAUUAAGUUUAGUUUUACUGUUGAAGAUGCCGUUGGUGUUGGCUAUAAUAUGGACGAGGAGGAUGAAGAGUUUUAUGCCAGUUUAGUGAAGAAGUAUUCUAAAAACACACCCACUGAGCUACAGAUAGAAGCUAUUUUGGAUUGUUUUGAAAAAUCAAUACAAGUUUUGCAGCCUUUUCUUUCGAUGGACCCUUCCAAUAUCCUCUCGUAUAAAGACAUCUAUCAACACGCCAGCACGCUGCUAGAUAAAAAUGCUGUCACCAAUCCAUAUGUCAAGGCACCUACUGCAGCCGAACUAUUAAAGUUGUUAAAUUCAUAUGGGAAAGAGGUUUAUGCUCAUUGGAAAGAAAGAAAGAUAAAACGACUUGGGAAAUCCAUCCAGCCUACACUCAAGUUUGAAGACCCCAGUGCCAACGAUGAUAAUGAUCCAUAUGUUUGUUUCCGAAGAAGAGAAUUUAGACAGGCUCGUAAGACAAGAAGAGCAGACACAAUAGGUGCUGAUCGUAUUCGUCAAAUGCAAAGAUCAUUGAAUAAAGCUAAAGAGUUAAUUGCUAAUGUCAGUGAGAGAGAAAAAUUAAAGCUUGAGAAUUUGCAAUCGGAAUACGAGUUGUUUAAAUUACGUUGUCAAACAAAAGCAUGUAAACGUGAAUUGGAGAUCAAAGGAGAUGACUAUUUGUUUUUCCCCCACAAGAAGAAGAGGAUUAUCAAGAUCAAAGAAGAAGAAGAAGAGCGAGAGAGACGCAAGGAAAAGAAGAGACAAGAACAAGAAGCAUCUUCAAAACAACAACAGCAACAGCAGCAACUACAACAACAGCAACAGCAACAACAACAGCAACAGCAGCAGCAACAAUCAUCGCAACAGCAAUCACAACAAGAAAGCACAAAUCAACCAUACGUCAAAUUACCACCGGCAAAAAUCCCAGAUAUGGACCUUGUUACUGUUUCAUUGGUUUUGAAAGAGAAGAACGAAACCAUCAAACGUGCAGUCAUGGAGAAGCUACGUAAAAGAAGAGAUCACGAUAGAGGCUUUAUCAACCUUACAGACGAUCCAUACCAACCAUUUUUUGAUAUAUCCCAUAAUAGAGCACAAGAGUUGAGCCAUAUACCGUAUUCUUCAAUCGCAGCUACAUUCUACCAUCAGAUCAAUACUUCCAAUUAUAUCGGGGAACCUUUGAAGAAACUACUCGAGGAGGAGAAACCUUUGCCCGGCGUAAAGACAUUUCUUGGAGCCAAUGGUGAAUUGAUCCCAACAAAAGGGUUCCCACAUACCCUGUCAUUGAUGCAAGAAACACAGAAACCACAAAGUGGUUACAUAGAGAGACUUUUGGAAAGUGUGGAGGCGCAUGAUUUUAGUUCAUACACCAAUGGGUUCAAGAACACAGAAGAAGAACCACAACAGACACCAAGUUUAAUAAGCUUUCCUGAGAGAAUACGUAAACGUGUUGGAAGAGGAGGACGAAUGUUUUUGGAUUACCAGCAACACCACCGUCAUCAAGACGAACUGAUUAUAGAUAAUGGUGAGAUCAAAGACAUCUAUUGUGAAGAAGAUUCAAGGAAAAGACUUCAAUCCAGAUGGAAAUUUGACACCGAAUAUGAAUCUCCAGAACCAUUCAGUUUGGACCCUUCCAAGCUUAACGGCAUCAGUCCAUCUACUCAAUCCAUUAGAUUCGGAUCAAUGUUGUUAAAUAGAACACGUAAAUAG